GGCAGGCCGGGGUCAAGGCCGGGGCGCCGAGUGGCGCGGGGAGGGGUGGCCGGACGCGCGAGGCCGGGAAGGGAUGUGACGAGCGGCGCGCUGUGCAUUGUGGGAAUCCCGGGGCCGCCGCGAGUGGUUCCAGUUCACUGGUUCCAGCGGAGCCGGGCGGAGGGCGCGAGCGCGGGACGCGCGGGCGGGAAGCGAGGAGGCGUGGGCGGCCAGGCAGGAGUGCGGAGCGGACCGGCGCAAGCGGCCGACCGGCCUCGGGCCCCUCACCGUGCAGCCGCCCGUGAGCUCGCUGAUCUGUUUCUGGGGCUGUCGCCAUGUCGAGCCGCGGCGGGAAGAAGAAAUCCACCAAGACCUCCCGGUCAGCCAAGGCCGGAGUCAUCUUCCCUGUGGGACGCAUGCUUCGGUACAUCAAGAAAGGCCACCCUAAGUAUAGGAUCGGAGUGGGGGCACCUGUGUACAUGGCUGCUGUCCUGGAGUACCUGACUGCUGAGAUCCUGGAGCUGGCUGGCAAUGCAGCAAGAGACAACAAGAAGGGACGGGUCACACCCCGGCACAUCCUGUUAGCUGUGGCCAAUGAUGAAGAGCUAAACCAGCUGCUAAAGGGUGUCACCAUAGCCAGCGGGGGCGUGUUGCCGAAUAUCCAUCCUGAGUUGCUAGCGAAGAAGCGAGGAUCCAAGGGAAAAUUGGAAGCCAUCAUCACGCCUCCGCCGGCCAAAAAGGCCAAGUCUCCAUCCCAGAAGAAGCCAGUGGCUAAGAAGACAGGAGGCAAGAAAGGGGCCCGGAAGUCUAAGAAGAAGCAGGGAGAAGUGAGCAAGGCGGCCAGCGCAGACAGUACGACGGAGGGCACGCCUACAGACGGCUUCACUGUCCUCUCCACCAAGAGCCUCUUCCUCGGCCAGAAGCCACCCCAGUGAUGCAGCUUUGCCAGGACGCCAUGGUUUUGUAAAAGUUGAUUCACUCUUAUUGAGAAUAAAAAUGAUGCAAAGGCUUUUAAGACCUGGAAAUGAGAAUUGAUUAAAAGAGGGGUGGGGACUGUCUCGGUUUUUUGAGUCCUCUGUAAUAUAAUCUCGAAGGACUGAAUCUGGCCCUGCCGAUCCGUUGGCUUAAAGGUGCUCUGCGUUGGGUUAGAAGCUGCAUCAUUUUUACCUCCUCACUGUCCGUGUCCUUUUGCAUCCCGAUGACACCGUUUUCUCGCUCACUCAUGCCCGUUGUCCCCUACCCUCCCUUUUGUGUCACUGAUUGCACUCAGGCUCUCACGAUGCAAUUCCUGCGGUGACGUUCCGGAAUCUAACCAUUGCUGUUUACAUCCUGUAGCCGUUACCUGUAUUCUGUGUGCAUCUGUCUAAAGCAGCAGUUCUAGUUGUCAUCUUAAGGUCUGGGCUCUGAAAGUUUAACUGCCUCUCAGUGCUGAAGGCAGAUGCCCCGAGUCUUCAUGCCUUUCACAGGUCCCCUCAGGUUGCCUCAGUAGCCACUGAUGUGUGAGACCCUCUGCUGUUUAGGGCUAGUCUCCAUGCUCCCUCCCCAAAGAAGUGAGUAGCCAGGGUGGUGAGAGCUAGUGCUGAUCAGCCCCUAGGGACCCCCUCUUGCCCACCCUGCUCCUAGUCACUUCCACCCUGGCCUCUCCUGAUUCUGCUCCCUUCUGCCCCACCUCCCCCAAAGCCAGCCUCAGUUAGAACUCACAUUCACCUCACUGCAAACAUGAAAGCACCGAGCUGUGUAGGUGGCCGUAUGCCAGCACAGGCGCCCUUCUGUUGCUCUGUUGCUCCAGCAAGAGACAGGACCAGGUCCACAUCUGGGCUGUUGCCUGGAGCCCCACUAGAGAUAACCUUGCUUGUGUCUGCACAGCUGGGCACGCAGCGUUCCUCCCUCCGGGAUCCUCCUGGUCUCAGAUUGCAGAAUGGGUACCUCAGGGAUGAAAACGGUCUAAAUGCUAACCAUCCCUCCCUCGGGGCUUGCAGGGUCUGAAAAGCUAUAGGAACAGGGAAAGUAUUGGUACAGUGAACAGCAGAUGAGGGUGGGUGCCAGGCCAGGUCGGGAAGCCAGCUUAGCUGUUGGAGGUCUGGGGUUGGUGAAGACUUGCUGAGCCAGAGCCUAGAGUAGCGGCCGGCCCUGAGAACAGCGCUGGGCAGCGACUCACAGCAGCCUGUCCACUCUUGUGGACGUCUGAACACUUCAGAGUAUGUGUACGGCAGGGUGUGCCGACACCCAUGCUCCCCAGGAGAGGUCCCCAGAAUCACCCAAGACAGUAGCUGAGUACCAUAAGUCAGCUCAGCCCAGUCCUGACACCCACAUGAGGAACUAGAGUGAUUCUGACCUUUCAAGAGCCCUCCACUCCUGUAGCCGAGGCAGAGGACAUAAUUCGGAAGCAGCACUUGCAGGUCCUUUAGUGACUUUGACGGUCAGGAGACAAGUUUAGUGUAUAGUGCUGAGGGGGCAGAAGUCAUAAAACAAUCACAAGUGUCACAGGCAUACUGGAAGCCUGGCUCGGACACUAAUUUUGGCUUGAGUUUUAGAGAACAUUUCUGAAAGUGUACUUUAGAAGGGACGGCUGUGGCACCCUACUCUGUGCACCUCCUUUCCAGGCUGACAGCGAAAGCAAUCCUUAAGUACAGCAAGCAAGCUGGCAGAGAAAUGUGAUGCUGGGGCCAGAGCUGGUUGCUAAGCUACUUGCAGGAGGGCCAGCCCUGGGCUUAGGAGCCUGGGCUCUAAUUGUUAUUGUUAAUGAUGCAUUUCAGACUGAAGUCUCAGGGGCAACCCCCUCAUUACUCUGUGAUUUCCAUGUUCACACACAUUGUUUUUUGCCUUGUGGUUGCACUGAGAUGUGUGGCUUUUCCUAGGCCCUUUUAAAACCUCAUGGUUUAUUAAAAACAAGCAAACAGAAAGCCCCACAGCAACAACAGCAAACCACUGGCAGUGUGUGCAUCCAAGGCUCUGUCAGCAGUGAAGGUUUGUCCCUCGGUAGAAUAUUUGAAGCAGUUGGGAAAGCAGGUUAGGGAGGGCAGAAUUGAGUCUCCAAACCUCCCAAAUGAUCAGGAUCAUGGUAGCAGGGAUUCCUUUUGACCCAUGCCACUUCUGAGGGUGAGAAGUUGGCAAAAGAGAGGGAACUAGCAACCCCAUCCGUCCAUGCAAAGUGCUGCCCAGCUUCUGAACUAGCACAGGGAAUGCAGUCAUACUAUGUGGCGCCAUCCUGGCCUCGGGCGGCUUCUGGUUAGCCUUGUCUUUCUAAGGCACUGUUUGCCCAGAAGCUUACCAUAUGAUGGCCAAAGGCUCUGGGAAAAAUUACACUAGGAACAUGUGGCAUAGGCACAGCCUAGCACAGAUGUGAAGACAGGAGUGGCCUGCUGUGGCUCCUGGGAAAGAUGGACCUCAUGAGGUGUCUAGGAAGAGCUCUGCUGAAGGCAACUCCCUUCCCCAUUCCCUUUAGCAGGGAAGUGGACUUUGAGGCCAGGAAAAUAAUCCACUUGAUGUAGGUAACACAGGAAAGUGAGACCAGCACAGGCAUCCCUCUUCGUUGUCAUGAAUGGCACCAGAGUUUGACAGUUAGGCCCAAUAUGCCAUUAAGAAAAUCUUCAAUACUCACUCACAUGUCUUAAAAUUUAAUUUCUAGCCCGAUUUUAAAGGGGAUUGUACUAUUUCCUUUAGCCAACAGUGUCAGGUCAAGGUAGUAGAACCAGGCCACUUUCCUCUUGCCAUAGUUCCAGACACUCUCCCCCUCCCCCACCCCAGUAAGGCUGGACCCGCGUCACGCUGCUGGAAUGCUAGCUUGGCCAAGACCCAGUUACUGAACCUGGCAUCUGUCUCCUUUAGUCCCACUCUAAGAGAGAGAAGAUGUUCCCUGCAGCUCAAGAGUUGCAUCUAAUGGUGUUUGAUGUUCAUUGCUAAAUAGGACGUGACCAACCUAGGUGGCCUGAGUAUAUAGCAGGUGUCAGAGACAGGCCACCACAGGGGUGAGAUCAGGGUGAUAGGUUGCUGGCAGGGGAAGGACCUUGCAGUUUUCUGGGAUAAGUCCCUUUCUUCCAGCUGUCGCCAAAGGGACACACUCUUGCUCUCUUAUUGGCAAUGCCCCAGUGGUGUGUUCCUGCAGCAGCCAACAGGACUCACAGCUGCACUAAAGUUCCCAUGCUGUGGUAUAAAACUGAAGGUUUUAAUCUUCCCACAAGAUGACAAAGAUGUAAUCACUUUACUCAAACAUUGAAACCACUAAAGAUCUUUCUCCUUCCCAGAAAAUCAGACUAUUGGGAAUUUUCACAAUUUCUGGCCGUCUGAUUUGUGAUUCACGUCCCUUUCCUCUGCCAUACACUGUGUGUGGUUGAAUGCUCUUUGGCUAAGAGGUGACCGACACCAACCGACUUCUGUUUUGGCCCAGAACCUCGCGGUUCACUUGUGGAUUACUAGAUUGGUCCUUUCGAAGGCUGUGCCCAUGUAGCCCGUGUGCCCUGUAGUCAGGGGUUUUCUUCUCUUGCCCAUGGUCUUUUUCUACCUCACUACUGACCUUUGCCAUUGGUUCAGCGUGCCCUAGCCAAGUUAGCUAUCCAUUCUUCUUUACAAAGACUGGCCCAGUCCUCUCCCCACUAGUCGCUGUCACACACUCUGUAGACCAGAGGAUUCUCAAUCUUUUCAUACUUGUGUAUAUUCUAUAAGAGCAGCACAGACUUAUAGCCAACCCAGUGCCAUGUUCUCAACAUUGGUGUACAAGCAUGAUGGACAAUCCAAUAUUAGCCUCAUGCUUACAUGGUGGUGAGAGAGACUGACAGCCCUCCAUUGGCUGAACUAGUACCAGUGCUAAGCAGCAGGCCUCCUGAGAUGCUGUGGUCCUUGCAUCUAAGAAUGCUCGCCACUGGUGGCCAGAAGGAAUGACGGGAAGGCCAGGAAGGACUAAGAGUUCUCCAAGUAGCCGAGCUCUGUCUGCAGCUGCUUCCUGCCUCUGUCCAGCAAAGGCAGGGCAUUCCAGUUUCCCUAGAGCCCACUCCCCUGGACCGAGGUGUCGCAGGCCACCGAGGGUCGGAGGAUGCCUCCUGGCUGGUGGAAUCAGCUGGAGAAUACAUUUCCCAGACGUGCCCGUACAGUGAGAAAGAGUUUGAAGGGUUGACCCUGCAUGACUUUUCAGCAUCUCAUCCUGUAGACACUUAGAUGAGUGCUCGCCCAUGUUGCACCACCAGAGGCUCUCUUUUCCACUUCCUCCUCUGCCUCCCUCCCUCCCUCCCUCACCAACCUCUUGCCUUUUCACAGAGUGUGAGUUUCUUGUUUGUUUUUCUGGUCCUUGGGAGCCCACCCUGCCCUCACCUCCUCCCAGCAGGAAGGCACAGCCAGGGCCUGUGCUCUCCAGUGCCCCUGCCUCUUGGGUCAGGAGCCCCUGAUGGGGAGGCAGCUAGAUGCAGAAGCCUGUUAGGCUUGUGAGAGACCCCUAAUCACCACCGGGCGCUAAGAGGAGGAAGCCCAUGCGCAGAAUUCUGGCCUUUAUUCUGUCUUUGAAUCUUUCAUUGGCCAAAUGACCACAUUCAUUUCUACCAUUGCUUUCUCCCAAGGAAGGACUCUUAGUCUAAAGUACCUUUAGACUCUGAAGAUCUAGCAGCUUUUUAGGACCAGAAGUUUGGGGGUGCAUUUCCCUUGCAUAUAAUUUACCAGUUUUUUUCUUUAUCCCAAAAUGGCUCCAGAAGUUCAGCCCCUUGGGGCUUAGUUGCCAGGAGCUGUCCUGUAUUCCACCACUCUACCCCAGGCCAGAACAAGGACUCAGCCGUGCUGCCCCCUGCAGGCUCAGGCCUAGGUCUGUGGGCUGCUUAGGGCACUAUUGAUGUCACUGAAGAAGGAGCACCUUGACCAGACAGAGAUUGUGAAGGUGCAAGUCUAGCCACACCUGAACCAAAA